CCAGUCUUCCUCUUGAAAUUAGAAACCCUAGACUUCUUCAGCGAGCGAACUCUCUCACUCUGUAUUGCGAUCUCUCGUUGAAUCUGAGUUUGGUAAAAAAUGGAUCUCUCACGAGAAGUCGAUGGCUACAUCAAAGAGACAAUCGACGAAUCUUUAGGGCUUCCGAUCUCCACGGACGCUCUCCAGAGGAAGCUAUACGCGGCUGAAGAGUCUCACCGUCGUCUCCGUGAGCAGUACCUGUCUCUGGUUUCGAGAUUGAAAGAGAGAGACCAAGUAAUCGAACUCGCUAGAUCCGAAGCGAGUAUGAAUGCGCAGGCGUUGAAGAAAUCCAUUGGAGAGAAUCAGAAACUGGCUGGCGAGUGCGAUGAUUUGGUGAUUCACUGUAAGAAGCUGGAAAAAGAGUGCUUACUUUAUCAUCAAGAUCGUGAAUCGCUUAUGGAUUUUGGGAACGAAACGGACGAGAGGGCAAGAGAAGCAGAGUCUAGGGUUCGUGAAUUGGAACAACAAGUUCGAGAAAUGUCUGAUGAAAUCGAAUCUAAGGAAGACUGUUUGGUUGAUUCUGUUUUGGGUUCGUUCGUUAUUAGCAGAGAUGAGAGUAUAUCAUCGGGGCAUCUAUUCUUGGAGGCGAACAGGGAAGACGAGUUUUAUCAAGCUUUGUUGAGCAAAUGGGAUGAGUUGAAGCCAUCAACGCAAAAGGUUUUGUCUUUAGUUUCAGUGGUGAAGAGAAUCGAAAAGGAGAAAGAAUGUCUCAUCUUGAAUCUUGCUAAAGCAGAGCAAGAAGUGGAACUUGUGAGCGAGCAAAACAGGGAGCUGGAUAGAGAGAACCGCAGGUUUUUGAGGCAAUGUUCUGUAGAGAGAAGCAGCCAUGGAUCUAACAAGUUCAACAAGAGAAAGAGUCCCAAGUUGAUGAACAGCCCGAUCGAGAAGAGGAUUGAGUUGAGCAGCCAAGAUUUUCCAUGAUGCAUAAAUUUUUAGAUACACAAAGAUUAAGAAACUUAUCUACGAGAUAUAUAUAUAUAUAUA